GCCGGCCCCCCGCGGGUCAUGGCUGGGGGCAGGCUGCCCGCCCGCCUCCUGGCCGCCGCUUGUCUCGCCUUGAGCUUGGCCCCGGGGGCGGCGGGACCGCGGGACACCCCCGGCCUCUCGCGGCUGCAGAGGAGGAGCCUGGCGAUGGACUUCGUCGUGCCCUCGCUGUUUCGCACCUACGUGCGGGAGCUGGUGCUGGGGCCGCCGGGGCGCGCCGCGGCGCGGUGCCGCCUGCGCCUGGACUGCGCGCCCCUGCUCCGCGCCGCCCGCGGGGCGCUGCCGCGGGCCGAGGCACCGGCCGCGCCCGCCGGGUCCUCCGCGGCCGGGCGGCGGCUGCGGCGCGCCAAGCAGCUGGUGCUGGAGGUGGGCGAGGGCACCGUGCGGGACGGCUGCGCCGGCGAGCCGCCGCCGGGCUCCGGCGGGGCGCACCUGGAGUUCAACCUCACCGAGCUCUUCGCCUGGUGGCUCCGCGCCGGCGACGGGCGGCUGCGGGUGCGGCUGAUGCCCGAGCGCCGCGGCGCCCUCCCGGGCAGCGAGCGAGGGCUGUCGGCGGCCAUCCGCGCCGCCCGCCCCCGCCUCCUCUUCCACGUCUCCGCGGCAGGUCUGAGCCCUUCGGAUCACCCAGCAAGGAGCCCUUCUCUUCCUCCUGGUUACUCUGCUUGGAACUUGACCUGGGUCAUGAGAGACACAUCCCCUUUCUUCUCCCACAGAGGACGACACAUAUUUGACUGCAACUUUGAAUCUCCUUGUGAGCUGGAAUAUUCCUUUACCUCAAAAGAUCAGGAAACCCCCAACAACGCCUGGGUCAGACUGAGUGCAGAGGAAAUCUUGCAUCUAGACCUCCUGGAUGGGCCCGAGAGAGAUCACUCUGAGAGCACACCCAAAGGUUCAUUUCUGUUUCUCAAUGCAUCAGAGAGGCCGAGUCCCACCAUCCUGAGCCCUUGGCUGAGGAGCAACAGUGAUCAGUGUGUAGUUCAAGUGGCUGUGUACAAGUUUUACCAGCCGAGUGGAGAAUAUAUUGCUCGUGUCCAUCCCAUUGAUGAGAGCAGCAGUGAAAUCCUAUCAGAGCAGAGUCCAGAGAAACAUGGAUGGGUGUUGCUUCAAAGGAGAGUUGGAUACCUGGAGAAACCAUUUCGGAUCUCACUGGAGUAUAUUCCUAAUGGGAACAAGAGUGUAGCGGCCGUGGAUUCCUUCGCCAUGAAGAACUGCAGUUCAGGAUCUGCUGCUCUCUCAAAAAUGGCUCUGGAGGGUUCCUUCAGCUGCUGGAAUGGAACGGCGAUCAGGCUGGGACAGGCGUGUGACUUCAUCCAGGACUGCGCUGAGGGAGAAGAUGAGGGAGAUAUGUGCAGAAAGCUUCCCUCUGGCUUUUAUUGUUCGUUUGAAGAAGGGGAUUGUGGCUGGAUGCCAGGCUCCUCUGCGUCCCAUCCUUCUCCAUGGCGGAUUGGAAGCCCGGAACACAACCAUUUCCCUUCGAUAGAAGGUUGUGCACUCCUCCUCAACACCAGCAAAGCACCAGCAGUAGCAAAGACUGUCAUGACCAGCACUGCAUUUCCAGCUCCUUUGAGGAACUCUCCCUGUGAGCUACGAAUAUCGUGGCUCAUCCAUGGUGUCUUGCUGGGAAAUGUAUCCCUGGUGCUGGUCGAGAACAAGACAGGAAAGGAGCAGAGCUGGACGUUCUGGCAUUCAGAGAACAGCGAAGGCUUGGGAAUAUGGCAGUGGAUGAUCUUACCUCUCCCAGAUAUACUGGAUAGGUUUUGGUUUCAGAUCACCGCUUCAUGGGAAGAAGGCUCUGAUGCCAUUAUUGCUUUUGACAAUGUCUCCCUUAGCCUGGACUGUUAUUUAACAAUCAGUGGAGAGAAGACACCUCGAGGUACCACUCCAGACUCAAGCAAUUUGCUCACCAGUAGAGGUGGCCAGAAGAAGUUUGGAUGGGAACAAAAGCUCCUGGGAAAUCUCCAGCUCAGCAGUGCCCCCAUUUCUGAUCCAGCAGAUCAGUGGUUUUUCACAACCUGUGGUGCCAGUGGACCCUAUGGCCCCACACAGAGCCAGUGCAAUGAUGCCUACAGGAACUCCAAGCUCAGAGUGGUCGUGGGGGCUGAAGGGAUUCUCCAAGGCAUUCAGAUCUGGAGAGUACCGGCAACUAACACAUACAGCAUCUCAGGCUAUGGAGCUGCUGGUGGGAAAGGAGGGAAGAACACCAUGGUGCGGUCCCACGGCGUGUCUGUGCUGGGAAUUUUUGACCUCCAGAAGGACGAUACACUGUAUAUCCUGGUGGGACAGCAAGGAGAAGAUGCUUGUCCUAGUACUAAUGAUGUUAUCCAGAAGGUCUGCAUCGGAGAGAACAACGUGAUCGAAGAAGAGAUUCGUGUGAACAGAAGUGUCAAUGAAUGGGCAGGAGGAGGUGGAGGUGGGGGCGGUGCCACUUACAUAUUCAAGAUGGAGAAUGGAGAACCGGUCCCCUUGAUAAUUGCAGCAGGGGGUGGUGGCAGGGCCUACAGGGCCAAAACGGACACAUUUCAUCCAGAAAGACUGGAGAAUGAUUCCUCUAUUCCAGGGUUGAAUGGAAAUUCAGGAGCUGCAGGUGGUGGAGGUGGCUGGAAUGAUAACACUUCCUUCCUGUGGUCAGGAAAAUCCUUGCUGGAAGGUGCUACUGGAGGAAGAUCCUGCCCCCAGGCCAUGAAGAAGUGGGGGUGGGAGACAAGAGGGGGUUUCGGAGGGGGUGGAGGGGGGUGCUCCUCAGGUGGAGGAGGCGGAGGAUAUAUAGGUGGCAAUGCUGCUGUGGACAAUGACCCAGAGAUGGAUGGGGAGGAUGGUGUGUCCUUUAUUAAUCCAAUUGGUACUUUAUACACUCCAGCACUUAAAGUGACAGAGGGGCACGGAGAGGUGGAAAUUAGGCUGCACCUUAACUGCAGUCACUGUGAGAUGGACGAGUGCCAUGUUGAUCUUGAAACUCAAAAAGUCAUUUGCUUUUGUGAGCCAGGCACAGAGUUGGCUGAGGAUGGUGUGUCUUGCACAGCUGAGCCCGUGGUUCGUCUCCCUUUCUCCUUGGUCUUGUCCGUAGUGACUUCAGCAUUGGUGGCUGCUUUAAUUUUGGCGUUUUCAGGAAUCAUGAUAGUGUACCGCCGCAAGCACCAGGAGCUGCAGGCCAUGCAGAUGGAGCUGCAGAGCCCAGAAUACAAACUGAGCAAGCUGCGUACCUCCACCAUCAUGACAGACUACAAUCCCAACUACUGCUUUGCAGGAAAGACCACCUCCAUUAGUGACCUUAAAGAGGUGCCUCGAAAAAACAUCUCCCUCAUCCGGGGUUUGGGCCACGGAGCCUUUGGUGAGGUAUAUGAAGGUCAGGUGACAGGGAUCCCCAGCGACCCCACUCCCUUGCAGGUGGCUGUGAAAACAUUGCCAGAAGUGUGUUCAGAGCAAGAUGAGCUCGACUUCCUCAUGGAAGCUCUCAUUAUUAGCAAGUUCAACCACCAGAAUAUCGUGCGGUGCAUCGGGGUGAGCUUGCAGGCCCUGCCCCGCUUCAUCCUGCUGGAGCUCAUGGCUGGCGGAGACCUGAAAUCCUUCCUGAGGGAGACACGGCCUAGACCGAAUCAGCCUUCCUCCCUUUCCAUGCUGGACUUGCUCCAUGUGGCCCGUGACAUUGCUUGUGGGUGUCAGUACCUGGAGGAGAACCACUUCAUUCACAGGGAUAUUGCUGCGAGGAACUGCCUCCUUACCUGUCGAGGGCCUGGGAGAGUGGCUAAGAUUGGAGACUUUGGAAUGGCCCGGGAUAUAUACAGAGCCAGCUACUAUCGUAAGGGUGGGUGUGCAAUGUUGCCUGUCAAAUGGAUGCCUCCUGAGGCUUUCAUGGAAGGGAUAUUUACAUCAAAAACAGACACAUGGUCCUUUGGCGUAUUGCUGUGGGAGAUAUUCUCUUUGGGAUACAUGCCCUACCCCAGCAAAAGCAACCAGGAGGUUCUGGAGUUUGUCACCAAUGGAGGAAGGAUGGAUCCACCUAAAAACUGCCCUGGCCCUGUCUACCGCAUUAUGACCCAGUGUUGGCAGCACCAGCCUGAAGACCGGCCCAACUUUGCCAUAAUCCUGGAGAGGAUUGAGUACUGCACUCAGGAUCCCGACGUCAUCAACACCGCCUUGCCAGUAGAAUACGGCCCGUCAGCUGAGGAGGAGGAGAAGGUGGCGAUGCGCCCCGACGAUCCAGAAGGAAUUCCUCCUCUCUUGGUCUCAACACACCAAGACAGAAAGGAUGAUAAGCAAACCCUGCCAUCUCCACCACCACUGCCGUCAGCCAUCACUGCUGGAAAAUCUCUAGGGAAAGUGGGAGCCUUGGAACAGUCAGGGCCGAGGAAGGUGCAGUCAGCCACAGGGGGGGGACACAUCAACAUGGCCUACGCCCAGUCCAAUCCCCCUUCCGAGCUGCACAAAAGCCGGGGCUCCAGAAACAAGCCCACCAACCUGUGGAAUCCAACCUACGGUUCCUGGUUUGCGGAGAAGCAGGCCAGCAAAAACAGUUCUCUGCUGGAGAAGGAGAGGCCCGAGAGGGAGAAUUUGGGACAGGAAGGAAACUGUACUGUGGGGCCCAACAUUGUGACUGGCAGGCUGCCAGGCUCCUCCCUGCUCUUAGAGCCAUCUUCCCUAACUGCAAGUGUUAAAGAAGUGCCUCUCUUUAGGCUCCGCCACUUCCCCUGUGGGAAUGUCAACUAUGGAUACCAACAGCAGGGCUUACCCUUGGAAAACUCCACACCACCUUGCGCUAGCAGUUACAAGGACCCCAUCCUUAGAAACAAGAGCCACAUAACCCAGCAGGGGCCCUGAGAGCCCUCGACCCUCUCUUGACUUUUCCCCCUGUGGCCCCUGAGCCUUGAAGAGAUGUCCUGAUACCCAACACACCACGAGCAAGGGAUCCGACAGCAUCACCUCCUGUUUUGUGCAAACUUGCUCCAAAAGUGCCACCCUUGACGCUGUAACUUCUACUGUAACUUCUACUAACCUGAGAGGCUUCAAACCACCGGAGCCCCUGCAGAGUCAAAGAAACAAGGGGGAGGGAGGAUGCAGGGAACUGUUGUUAACUGCAAGGCCCAGCUGCUGUUGCAUCAACUCAUCCGCAUGGUUGUCGUCAUGCCCCUCCUGUGAGCUUUUCCCGGUUGUGCGUCCUCUGCUUCCGUGUCAAGCCGCGGCUCACUGCCAUGAGUGUUUCAUGUCUGGGCUUUUCCGUGCCAAAUUUGUCGUUGCUGUGGAAGACUUGGAGGUCUCCUGCUGCUGGCAGAGCUUGUAGUGGGUUUGGGAAGAGCAUCCUCUAUCCAAACCGAAAAAAAAUACGACAGCGCUGGAUGGUGAUGCGAUGGCACAUUCUCAAGUCUUGUUCCAGCUACAGUCCAGUCUUCGAAGGUCCUUAAAUGCACAGUGUUAUAGGGGUGCUGGCAGGGCAAUGGAAAGACCCUGGUCACACUACAUCACUUGAAGGGGAGAGGAGAGGAAGCAGAGGAUGGGUGUAGAUGCUAUGAGGCAUUCAGGGGGCAGGCAUUCUUUGGCUGGGGUUUUCUUUGGUUUAUUUUUGUUUACCUAUGCUUAAGCACCAGAACCAAGUAAAGCCCUUUAAAAUUCCUUGUGUCCUACAAAAGUAGGAAUGCCCUUCAUCAGGAACUUGUGAGUGCCAAGUGGAAUCAAGGUGAAGCUUUAAAGGACCAUGGUCAUGAGAGAGACAUUCACCAUGCCCUGAAAAUGGACAGCCACCUGCAUACCUUGAAGGUUUGAAAUAGCCUUUGACAUACCCUAUACGAACAACAUCAUAAAGGCAGAAGACUACAUCGUGCCACCAUCUGGAAGCCAGAUACUAUCUGUAUUUGAAGGGUUUAGAGCCCUUGUUCCUUCAGCAAAAUACGUGUAUGAUAGUGGUUUAAGGACAAACACUCCAUUGACUCACUUUGUACACCCCGUGCAUGAAAAAUAUUCCAGUUAAGUGUAUUGUCAAAACAUAGAUGUAGGAAAUAAUUCAUGUGUAAAGAUGUGCAUUAGUAACUUCAGCUUAGGGUUGGGAGGAGCUGUUUUUAGCAUGAACGCUAUCCAAAAAGGGGUGCUUAUUUCCAUAGAAAUGGGAGUAGUGGAGCAUCAGCAAAGGAGUGGGAAGGUGUUCUUCAGUCUGAGACUCUUUGUUUCAGUGAAGUGACCCCGAGUCUGGCCCUGGAUCCGAACGCUGAGUGGAAAAGCAGGAAGCAGUAUGAUCUACAGGAUGUAAAGCACAACUGGGAAAAACCCUGUGCCACCCCUCUUAUGCUGUGAAAAUGGCUUAUUUCCAUGUGGAUGUUACCUGGUUUCCUAUAGAAGAUAAGUAGUUUCUGAUUCCAUGAGCUGCUGGAGGUAAACUAGGUUCGGAUGCCUGUCUCUCUGCCGUUCCAGUUGUCCCUUUUUGCCACUGAACCAUUUGCCUGGGAAUGAAGCGAGGCAGGAGCGUGGGUGGUUCUGCUUCCCCGAGCCGCAGUGAGGGAGCGGGGUGGGAGAGGAGCCUGGCCACAGCGGGAGGAGGUGCAGGGAGCACGGGUGGGAAGCCGCAGGGCCGCCUUGCUGUGGGAGCGUGGGUGCUGCGGGGGCCCUGGCCAGGCUCCGCGGGAGCAGCCGCGGCACCAGAGGCAGGGCUGGCACGGGCAAGGACGGGCCCGCUCCGCAUGUCUGCUCCCGGUACUGCGGGAUGAGAACCUGGACGUGGGAAUAGCAUCAAACAGCCUUCCACAGCAGCAAAGACAUCGCCCUUUGUCUGUCCCACACUUAAACCCAUCACAGGGAAACGUCCCACGCGUCCCCAUCUGGCUUCUUUUAGUACCGAGCUUCAUUAUAGGAGUGUCAGUCUCAUGUACAGCCGUUUAUGCAACAUUGUUUAUAAAGGAAGGGCCUGUGCACUUCAGGGAUACUAUGACGAAAAAUACUAAUAUAUGGUCAUUGAGUAUUUUGUAUUGAAUAGUGUAUUUGUAUUGUAAACAAGUGUAGUGAACCACAAGGCAUGAAGACAAAUAAAGUGACAGUAGCUGGC